UCCUUCAAAUUAGAAUCAGUUUACUGAAAUCCACAGCAGGAUUCAGAUCAUUCGCGAUAAUGCAGAGGGCAGUUUUGUGGUGUAGUGUGGUUUCCGUUGUGUUGCUGGUUCAUUUCAGAUGCACGGAUGCCACAGGUGUGUUGCCGAGCCCCGGAGAAUGUGGGUUGUACUUGUCGGACCGAAUUUACGGUGGAAACAUCACGACCGUUGACGCCUAUACUUGGACGGCAAUCUUGGCAUUCAAGGAGAAGGGCCGAUCACAAGAUCUGUAUCACUGCGGGGGUAACUUGAUAACGAAUCAAUACGUUCUCACGGCUGCCCACUGUUUGGACGAUCUGGACGAAGAUUACAACAUAAGCUACGUGCGUCUCGGUGAAUGGGAUUUGCUGAGCGAUAAGGACUGUGACAGAAACUCCAUCUGCAAUGAUCCUCCGGUUGAUGUCGGAAUAGGCAAAUUGAUAGUUCACAAAGGCUACAACAAGCACAGCCUUAUCAAUGAUAUUGCGUUGAUUAAGUUAAAGAAUCCGGUCGAAUUUACGGAUUUCGUUUCCCCGAUAUGUCUUCCGACUGCUCCAAAAACCAAGAACAAGAAUACGGAUAAAAUGGUUUUCACCGCUGUCGGAUGGGGAAACACCGAGCAUAAAAACUCAACCUACGAAUACGGAAGCCGUUACAAGCUGGAGGUUAAACUGAAUGGUGUAAAUAUAACCUACUGUAAAGAAGUGUACGACGAGGACUUCCUGGAGUCCCAGAUGUGUGCAGGGGCCGAGAAGGGAAAAGACACCUGUCAGGGUGAUUCCGGUGGAGGUUUAGUGGCUCAGGUCGAUGGAUAUUAUUAUGAGUAUGGUAUUGUCAGUUGGGGACGCGGAUGUGGCCAGCGGGACAUUCCAGGUGUUUACACUCGAGUGGCAAGUUAUUUGGAUUGGAUCGAAGACAACAUUAAAAAUAACUGAUUGAAAUGUUACUCUUAUUUUUCUUAGAAAAUUUCAAAUAUGUUUUAAUAAAAACGUUUAAUUAGCAGUUAUAA